UUGACAGAAUAUAAAACGAGACGAAGCGGCGCUUUAUCGUUUUAGGUCAUCGUGCUCCUCUUCCUCUCGGCUUCUCCUCCGCCGCACAGAUCCAAGACAUUUUUAUUCCACUUCAUCGCCGGCGAAAAUGGUGACGGCCAAGAAAACGAAGAAGUCUCAUGAGGGUAUCAACAGUAGGUUGGCUCUUGUAAUGAAGAGUGGUAAAUACACUCUUGGUUACAAGUCUGUUCUCAAAUCCCUUCGUGGCUCCAAAGGGAAGCUAAUUCUAAUCUCCACCAACUGCCCACCGUUGAGAAGAUCAGAGAUUGAGUACUACGCAAUGCUCGCUAAAGUCGGUGUCCACCAUUACAAUGGAAAUAACGUUGAUUUGGGAACAGCUUGCGGGAAGUACUUCCGUGUUUCGUGUCUGAGCAUUGUUGAUCCUGGUGAUUCUGACAUUAUCAAGUCAAUUCCUGGUGAUCAGUGAUACAGUUUUCAGAUUUUCUUUCUUCCCGGACUUUUAUCCAUUUUUGUAUUCGAGUCUCUCAAAAUUUUAUGAGCAAUAGACAUUGUGUUUCUUCUUGGUCAAAUUUUCUUAUAUGGAAAAGAAUUCUAUAAAA